CGAUGGGUCGUUAUCGGUUUUUGAGAUAACGUAACGUAAGCGUUAUGUGAUUUCCAAUAACUAGUUUCUUAACUAGUGAUUUUUAUAACUAGUUAUUUUCACAACGUUCUGAAGCAAACGUGAUAAUUGUAACGUAAAAUCGUUUGGUUAGGUAGCAGUAUAACUUAAUUCUUCUUCACGCACACGUAUUGUAAAACCAGUGAUUUUGCGUGAGUAGUGAAAGUAGCCAAACAUCGACGCUAUGCCUUAAACAUAAGAGUGAAUUCGAUUUAACUUUAUGGCGUUGUGAUUAAAAGAGUUAUUGAAGACUGAUGCCUAUUUCGAUCGUUUAAAUGGCGUUAUGAAUAUCACUAGUUUUUGUUGUAGUGGAAAACGAGUGAUCACUGUUCGAGCUCGUAACUGCAUAUAUAACCAGUUAUGGUUAAUAACGCCCAUCGCUACUCUGGAUUUAUUCACUCAAUCGAUCACACCGCCAUUUUAUUGGACAAUUUGCGUCGUCAUUUCAUUUUUACACUGCGGAAUUUGUGAAAUUGUAUUGCAAUUAUUGUUUAAUAUUAUAAAAAUAAAGUGCAUAACAAUCAGGAACCAUGACGGAUAUAAAAAGAUUGGUCGCGGCCAGAGGGCAAGCAAAAGGCUCAAGACCAGAUCAACGCUCGAUUUCGGGAGAAGGAGGUGGAAAAUUCCAACGCCUUCCGCGCAUAAAUAUACGUCAAUUUGACGGAAAUAAUAUCGAAAAUAGAGCUGUAGCACUUGAGACUGCUACGGGCCCCAAAGAGGAGCCACGUAAGAACUCAAUGGCUGUGUGCGCUCAGGCAGUGUCUACAGUAAAGAAGCAGUCACCUUCAGCAAAAUGCAUUGGAGCACCAGGCAUCCCCGCUUAAGGAAAAUGGACCUUACCUACUCAAGACAAAGUUUGGUGAUGUGAUAGCCGGUUCGUUGCCUCCAAUGUACGUAUCCCUACCCAGCAUUGACCACUCCAUAUCUGUUCAAAACCAAGUAAGUGAGAAUAUUCAUUUGUCAACACCUAAUGUGGAGGACUCACAGGAAAAUACUGUUGUACCUAUUUCAAGCCAAGAGUCAUCUUUUGAGGAAUUAAAUAAUAACAUUAACAAAUUUUGGCAAGCUGAAAAAGUUCCUGAGGUCUACUCUGAGCAAUCGUCAGAGCAGGAACUAGCAGAAAGUAUUUUCCAACAAACUGUCACUUUACAAAACAAUAGAUUCACAGUAGCACUUCCUUUAAAGCAGCCUAUAACUAAAGUAUAUCUUGGAGAUUCUUUUUCAAUUGCUCUACAAAGAUUCUAUAAUCUUGAGCGAAGAUUAUUAAAAAAUGAUAAGCUUUAUCAGAUGUAUAAAGACUUUAUUAAUGAAUACCUAGCGUUAGGUCAUGCUGAGCACUAUGAUGUCUCAAAUUAUAAUUUAGAAAAGGAUGCUUGUUACUUUUUGCCACAUCAUCCAGUAUUCAAUGCUAAUAGUCCAACAACAAAAAUGAGAACUGUAUUUGAUGGCAGUCUCAAGACUAAAAGCAUGAUUUCAUUAAAUGAUGUCCUUUUAAAUGGACCGAUAGUUCAGAAUGAACUUUUUGAUAUACUAAUCUUAUUCAGAUUGCCAAAGUAUAUUUUACUUUGUGAUAUAAAACAAAUGUUUAGACAAAUUCUUGUGAGUCCUCCAUAUAGGGCUUUACAAAACAUUUUGUGGCGUCAAUCUAUAGAAGAACCUGUGUCUUGUUUACAAUUAAAAACCGUGACAUACGGACUUAAAAGUUCUUCGUACUUAGCAACCAGGUGUUUGCUCGAGUUAGCCGAACGUUAUAAAGACACACACAAUUUAGCCGCCACUGUUUUGAAAACGCAAACUUAUGUCGACGAUAUUCUCACUGGGCACAAUGAUUUAAGUGUACUUAAAAUCAUAAAAGAACAGCUAGUGGAGUUGUUAAGGCUGGGGGGGUUCGAGCUGCACAAAUGGGGCUCUAAUCAUACCUAUUUGUUAAACCACCUCACAACCAAGCAAGACCCAAUCACGGACAUUGACAUGAGUAAAGAUAAUUCUUUUCUUAAAACGUUAGGUUUGCGUUACAAUGCCAAAUCAGACAAUUUUUACAUUCAUUGUUCUGAAAGUAAUAUUCAAAAGGAAUACACUAAAAGGCAAGUUUUGUCAUUUAUUAGUAAAAUUUUCGAUCCUCUGGGGUUAGUGGGACCUAUUAUAGUGUCUGCAAAACUUUUAAUGCAAGAUAUUUAUGCGCUGAAGGUGUCAUGGGAUGACAUCCUCCCCGAGGAUAUAAAUGCAAAAUGGUUAAUGUUUGCUAAAGAUUUAAUUGAAAUGUCAGACAUACAAACAAAGAGACACAUUAAUGUAGAAAAUGCGAAACAGGUGGAAUUGGUUGGAUUCGCUGACGCCUCUAAUAAGGCUUACGGUUGCUGUUUGUACAUCAGAAGUAUCAAGGCUGAUGGUACUGUAAAUAUACAUUUAUUAUGUUCAAAGUCGCGAGCAAAUUCAACCAAUAACGACCUUUCUACACCACGAAAAGAAUUGAAUAGUGCUCUCUUAUUAUCUAUGUUAACUAAAAGGGCAUAUGAAACAUUGAAAACACAAUGUGAUAAUUUAAAAGUUUAUUUGUAUCUCGAUUCACAGAUCGUGCUGGCGUGGCUGAGCAUGGAACCAGUCAAACUGCUGUCAUAUGUCGCAAACAGAGUCAUUAAAAUCAAAGAGCUGACUUCAGGAUGGCCUUGGUUCUAUGUGAAGACCACUGACAACCCCGCGGAUUGUCUCUCUCGAGGAGUGGAGCCUCAUGCAUUGCAGAACAAUGAGCUUUGGUGGCACGGGCCUCAAUUUCUAAAUAACAACUCAUUUUCUCAUGGAAAUGCAAAGCAUGAGCCUUUAUCACCGCACGAACUGCCUGAAAUUAACAAAAAAUGUUGCAUUAUUGUAAACUGUAAUGAUGCUUGUCAUGUUGUAACUAACAAUGAUAAUGCCUUUAAUAUGGACCUACUUGCUCGCUUUUCUGAUAUUACAAAACUAAAACGAGUUGUAGCCUAUAUGCUACGAUUUUCGGAUAAUUGUAAGAUAAAAAAUAUAACAGAAAGGCGUACGGGCGCGCUUCAGCCGUGUGAGCUUGAAAACGCUUUAUUAACAAUUAUUAAAAUGGACCAACAGAGGCAUUAUCAAAAAGAAAUUGCCUGCUUAAAGGCUAACAAACCUGUAUCACAUUCUCUAUCAGCAUUGAGUCCUUUUCUUGAUAAGAAUGGCUUAUUAAGAGUUGGUGGGAGAUUGGAAAAUUCACAGCUUCCAUUCACUCAAAAGCACCCAUUGAUACUUGUUAAAGGUUCUCACAUCACUAAGCUUCUUAUAUGGAAAGAACAUGAAACUUUAUUACACGCGGGACCUAAGUUAUUGCUUGCUUCACUUAAUAAUAAGUUUUGGCUUAUCAAUGCUGUAAGGGAAAUAAAACAUGUAAUUCACAAAUGUAUAAAAUGUUUUAAGCUAAAGGCAAAGGCUGCAUCACAGCUGAUGGGGUCUCUGCCAGCCGAAAGGGUCACUGUAGCCAGGCCUUUCGAGAAGGUCGGCAUCGACUAUGCAGGUCCUUUUAAUAUAAAAUUACACCGUGUUAGGAAACCACUUAUUUUAAAAGCAUAUGUGUUAAUAUUUGUAUGUUUUGUCACAAAAGCGAUACAUGUGGAGCUCGCUUCCGAUUUAACCACAGCUUGUUUUUUAAAUUGCUUAAAAAGAUUUAUUGCACGGCGGAAUAAACCUUCGCAAAUCUUUUGUGACAAUGCAGCUACUUUUAAAGGUGCAAACUCACAAUUACAGGAGUUGUACAAACUACAGUCUCACCCAACACACCAAAAUUCAGUCGUGAAGUUUACAGCUGAUCAAGGUAUCACCUUUAAUUUCAUUCCCGCGUAUAGUCCGGUAUUUGGUGGGUUAUGGGAGGCUGGGGUUAAGAGUUUAAAGUAUCAUAUGAAAAGAGUAAUUGGGCAGACAGUACUUACGUAUGAGGAGCUAAACACUGUUAUCAUACAGAUUGAAGGUAUAUUGAAUGCGAGGCCGCUUACGCCUAUGUCCUCGGAUCCCUCAGAUCUCUCAUAUUUAACGCCAAGUCACUUUCUUACUGGAGCUCCAAUUACUGCUUUCCCAGAACAGGAUCUCACUGACAUUCCUACUAAUAAGCUUCACUUUUGGGAGCAAUGUACUAAAAUUAAACAGAACUUUUUUAAGCAAUGGCAAAAACAGUACCUAUCUAUGUUGCAAAACAGGCCAAAAUGGAAAACUAGUACUCCUAAUAUUGAUGUUGGUACUUUAAUAAUCCUUAGAGAUAAUAAUAUUAUGCCUUUCCAAUGGCCUAUGGCAAGGGUUGUAAAACUUUACCCAGGUAACGACAACAAGGUGCGUGCAUUUGAUGUAAAAAUGCCUAAUGGUAAUGUUGUACGAACCAGUAUCACAAAGGUAUGUCCAUUGCCAAUUUAUUGAUAUGUUUUGAAUAGGUAGGGCUUUGUUCUAUGGAUAAAGUAAUAGUUUUGUUCUGUUAAAAAUAUUUGUGAUAGACUUUAUAUUAUAAUUCUUAAAAUAGGCAUAAUAUUAUGUAAUAGAUAAGUUAGUCCUUUUUCUUUUACUGCUGCCUGGCAGCCUUGUGUAUUAUCUACACACAAUAAUGUGACCGAUGUGCAUUAUACUUACCAAAAGGGUAUCUUUUUUCAAAUUUAUUAUAAUUUGUAAGACAACUAGCAUAAGGUUUCAAUAAGGAUAAAUAGGAUAGGGUUUCAAUAAGACAACUAGGAUAAGCUUUCAAAAAAAAUUAACUUUUUACUAGUUGCAUAAAUCUUUUAUUUUGUUUUGUUCACAUAAAGUCAAGGUUACUUUUUAAGUUGAUUAAAAUUUUCACAAACUAUUUAUUAUGACUUUUAAGGUCUUAGGUCACUUACGUAGAUUAAUAAGUGUUAAGCUACAUUAGCAAAAAUGUUGUUUAAUCAGUCAUUAUUGAUAUUUAACUUUUAAUUAUCCUGCCACUGUUUGUUCCUUUCGCUUAUAAUCAAACUGUUUAAGGAUAUUUUGUGAAUGUUUCUCUUUUUGCUGGUGGGGCAAUUAUGUUCGAAUCCUCACAUAAAAUAAUGUGGCAACACUAGAUUUAAGUUUUUUAAUUCGACCACAAGAUGGCGAUUGUAACACUCUUUCCCUUCAACUCUUUGCGUAAUCAUUCAAAAUGUAACUAUAAAAUAUAAUCCUAUUAAAUACAGUCCACUUUUAACUUU